CAAGAGGGUUCAGUCUUCUUCUUCAUCCUCACAAAAAAAACCCUAACUUCGCUAAGCAAUGGCGAUUGCAACAUCGAUGAGUUUGAAUCUAAUUGGAGCAUUCAAAGGCUUAUCCCUCUCUUCAACAUCUUCGUUCCUCAGAGGCGAUUUGAAUCUAAACCCAAAAACCUCCUUCACUGUGACUCUCCCUUUGGAAAAACUCCAAGCUCCGGUUCCAUUGACGAUUGAAUCUGCGCACAAGAAAGGAGCUGGAAGUACUAAGAACGGUCGUGAUUCUCCGGGACAAAGACUCGGCGUCAAGAUUUACGGUGACCAAGUCGCUAAACCAGGGGCCAUCAUCGUUCGUCAACGUGGCACUAAGUUCCAUGCUGGAAAGAACGUUGGGAUUGGUAAAGAUCAUACCAUCUUCUCUUUAAUCGAUGGAUUAGUCAAGUUCGAGAAGUUUGGUCCUGACAGGAAGAAGAUUAGUGUGUACCCAAGGGAAGUGGUGCCAGAGAAUCCCAACAGUUACAGAGCAAGAAAGAGAGAAGCUUUUAGAGUGCAAAGGGAGAAGAAGAAGGCCAGACGCGAGAACUACACUUACACACUUCCUACCCCUGAGCUUGUUCUUGCAUCUGCUGCCAUCGAUGAUGAGGAAACCAAUACCGAUUGCUGAAAAUCAAAUGUGAAUCUGUCUUUAUCCUCUCUUUAAUGUUUAGCCUUUGUUCAUGAUCAUUUUCCCUUUGCUAAUUUACAAAGAGGCUUUGUUUCAAAGGUCCAAGAGUUGUUGUAUGUGUCCAACUCGAACCUCGCUUUUGUCAAAUUGAGUUUAAAGCCUUCGGAUUUUAUCCAA